GUUAAUUAUUUGCCAUUGGUGAAUUCUCCCUCUUAUGGCGGAGGGAGCAGUCGGCGCAAUGGAUUGUCACUUCAAUUCAAAUGCAUAUUUCGUGUUUUGAAGGCAGUAUUUUGAAAUAGAAGAGAUUUCGUUUUUACUUAAAGCACACUUUGUUGUAUUCUUUUUACGUCAUGGCGGACCGUGGCGUGGAUUUUUCCGGUAUACCAAAAGAGGUUCGAGACCAUUUGGCGGAGUUGGAAUUGGAGCUAUCGGAAGGUGACAUCACACAGAAGGGCUAUGAGAAGAAACGAACCAAGCUGCUGGGCCCCUUCCUCCCUCAGAUCACCAGUGUGGUGCUGGCUCUCCCAGACAUCCAGCAGCAGGCGUCCUCUGGCCCAACCAGUGGUGAACCCAGCCGUGACUGUAGCCCUGCCAGUCCUGAGGCCCCUGGCCCCUCGUCUUCCUCUGGGGGGCGCAGAAACCGCAGCGGUGGGGCCAGGGACGACCGCUACAGAUCAGAUAUCCACACGGAGGCGGUACAGGUACAGGCAGCGUUGGCCAGCCAACACAAGGAGGAGAAGAUGGCACUGCCCAUGCCCACCAAACGCCGCUCUGCCUUCGUCCAGUCACCUGUAGAACACUACGUGUGGUGGUGGAAAACCUCACAGUCUGACACAUCGUCAGCGUCUGAGGACGAGGGUUCCCUGCGUCGCCAGGCGGCUCUGAGUGCAGUGCUGGCCCAGAGCCUCCAGAGCCCAGACUACUGGAUCAACCGCUCAGUGCAGAGCUCCUCCUCCACCUCCUCCUCCACCUCCUCCACCCUGUCCCACGGAGAGAAUAAGACCCCCACUUCCGCGCUGGCCGACAUACUGGCGAGCACACGCAUAGAGAACAGUGUCCCCCCAGACGUGACAUCCUCAACCCCUGAGAGGCGUUCAAGGGUGGACUCCAGAGUGGACCUGCCCCCCAAUGCUAUGCCCAGGGGGAUGCCCCGAGGACAGAGCCGCACCAGCAUGCUGGAUACCACCGCUGACGGUGUACCAGUAAACAGCCGUGUGUCCACUAAGAUCCAGCAGCUACUCAACACUCUGAAACGGCCCAAGAGACCUCCGCUCAGUGACUUCUUCCUGGACGACUCAGAGGAGAUUGUAGAGGUGCCCCAGCCAGACCCCAACACCCCCAGGCCAGAGGGCCGUCAGAUCAUCCCAGUGAAGGGGGAGCCCCUGGGGGUGGUCAGUAACUGGCCCCCGGCCCUGCAGGCUGCCCUGGCACGUUGGGGGGCUUCACAGGCCAAGAGCCCCGCUCUCACCACCCUGGACGUUACCGGGAAACCACUCUACACGCUGACGUACGGUAAACUGUGGAGCCGCAGUCUGAAGCUGGCCUACACUCUGUUAAACAAACUGGGCACGAAGAACGAACCUGUCCUGAGACCUGGUGAUAGGGUGGCAUUGGUGUACCCUAACACUGACCCUGCGAUGUUCUGGGUGGCCUUCUAUGGCUGUCUCCUAGCAGAGGUCAUCCCUGUACCCAUAGAGGUGCCACUGUCUCGACAGGACGCAGGCAGUCUUCAGAUUGGCUUCCUAUUGGGCAGCUGUGGGGUGGGCCUCGCCCUGACCAGUGAGCUCUGUCUUAAAGGACUGCCCAAGACUCCCCAGGGAGAGAUCAUGCAGUUCAAAGGUUGGCCCCGUAUGAAGUGGGUUGUGACAGACACCAAGUACCUGACCAAGCCCUCUAAAGACUGGCAGCCCCACAUCCCCACUGCCAACACAGACACAGCUUAUAUCGAGUACAAGGCCAGUAAAGAGGGGACGGUGAUGGGAGUAGCUGUGUCUAAGAUAGCCUUGUUGACACACUGUCAAGCCCUGACACAGGCCUGCAACUACUGUGAAGGAGAAACGUUGGUCAAUGUCCUUGACUGUAAGAAGGACAUGGGCUUGUGGCACGGGGUGCUAACCAGUGUGAUGAACAGGAUCCACACCAUCACUGUACCCUACGCUGUUAUGAAGGCCUGUCCCAUGUCCUGGGUGCAAAGAGUCCACAUACACAAAGCACGUGUAGCCGUGGUGAAGUGUCGUGACCUCCACUGGGCUAUGAUGGCUCACAGGGACCAGAGAGACACCAACCUGUCCUCCAUACGCAUGCUCAUAGUAGCUGAUGGAGCCAACCCCUGGUCCGUGUCGUCGUGCGACGCCUUCCUCAACGUGUUCCAGUCUCACGGUUAAAGCCAGAGGUCAUCUGCCCCUGUGCCUCUCUCUGAAGCCCUCACUGUGGCUAUACGCAUGAAAAUCGCUGGUGCUCGUGGUACACCCUCCUGCCAGGCCAUUCUCUCCAUGGGCGGGCUGAGUCAUGGGAUCAGGGUCAACACAGAGGACAAGAACUCUUGCCCUCACUGUACAGGAUGUAGCCAUGUGAUGCCUGGAGCUCUGAUGUGUAUCGUGAAGCCAGACGGGCCUCCACAGCUCUGUAAGACCGACGAGAUCGGAGAGAUAGUGUUGAACUCCAGGGCUGGAGGAACCAUGUACUACGGCCUACCUGGAGUCACCAAGAACACCUUCGAGGUGAUUCCUGUGAACCAGGCUGGAGCUCCGAUAGGAGACAUCCCCUUCACUAGGACUGGCCUGCUGGGCUUCGUAGGGCCGGGAAGUCUGGUGUUUGUAGUGGGGAAGAACGAGGGGCUCCUGACGGUCAGUGGUAGACGACACAAUGCUGAUGACUUGGUGGCCACAGCCCUGGCCGUGGAGCCUGUUAAAACUGUCUACAGGGGGAGGAUCGCCGUGUUUUCUGUAACCGUGUUCUAUGAUGAGAGGAUAGUGAUUGUAGCAGAACAAAGACCAGACGCCAGUGAAGAGGACAGCUUCCAGUGGAUGAGCAGAGUACUACAGGCUAUAGACAGUAUCCACCAGGUAGGUCUGUACUGCCUAGCCCUGGUCCCGGCCAACACGUUACCCAAGACACCACUGGGAGGGAUCCACAUCUCUGAGACCAAACAGAACUUCCUAGAGGGGAACCUGCACCCCUGUAACAUCCUCCUCUGUCCACACACCUGUGUCACCAACCUGCCCAAACCACGGCAGAAACAACCAGGUAUCGUUGGAGUGGGCCCGGCCUCCAUCAUGGUUGGUAACCUGGUAGCAGGAAACAGGAUGGCCCAGGCUGCAGGCAGAGAGCUGGGCGUGGUGGAGGAAGAGGGUCUGGUCAGGAAGCACCAGUUUCUGUCUGAAGCGCUACAAUGGAGAGCCCAGAGUGACCCUGACCACGUCCUGUAUGUGCUCAACGCUAAGGUUGGAUGGUCACACCUCUGUGAGAUGUUCCAAUUUUUCCUCACAUUUCUUAUGCUCUUAUACGUUUUAACAUAUGAUUGUGGAAGUUGCGGGGCAGCAGUUGCGCCCCCUCACCCUCAGAACCUGGCUGCUACCCUGCCCAUCCGCAUGAUCAUCGACGUGAGUAAAGCUGCCUGUAUCCUAACCACCCAGCCCCUUAUGAGGAUCCUCCGGUCCAGAGAGGCUGCUGCCAGCGUCAAUGUCAAGACCUGGCCCACUAUCAUAGACACAGACGACCUCCCCAGGAGGCGGCCCCCCCAGCUCUACAAGCCCCCCACAGCAGAGAUGCUGGCCUACCUGGACUUCAGCGUGUCCACCACAGGCAUGCUGACCGGGGUCAAGAUGUCCCACUCGGCGGUCAGUACUCUGUGUCGCUCCAUCAAGCUACAGUGUGAGCUCUACUCCUCACGCCAAAUAGCCAUCUGUCUGGACCCCUACUGCGGCCUGGGCUUCGUACAGUGGUGCAUCUCCAGUGUGUACUCGGGUCACCAGUCCAUCCUGAUCCCUCCUAUGGAGUUGGAGCUGUCCUUACCUCUGUGGCUGAGCACCCUGAGCCAGUACAAGGUCAGAGACACAUUCUGUUCCUACUCUGUCAUGGAGCUCUGCACCAAGGGCCUGGGAACGCAGACUGACUCUCUCAAGGCGCGGGGUGUGAACCUGUCGUGUGUGAGGAGCUGUGUGGUGAUAGCAGAGGAGCGUCCCCGGCUGGCACUGACCCAGUCCUUCUCCAAGCUGUUUAAAGACCUGGGCCUCUCCCCCCGCGCUGUCAGCACAGCGUUUGGAUCCAGGGUCAACAUAGCCAUCUGCUUGCAGGGUACAGCUGGACCAGAUCCCUCCACCGUCUAUGUAGACAUGAAGUCCCUCCGCCAUGACAGGGUGAGGUUGGUGGAGCGAGGAGCCCCACAGAGUCUUCCCCUCAUGGAGUCAGGCACUAUUCUUCCAGGGGUGAGGGUGAUCAUCGUGAACCCAGAGACCAGGGGUCCGUUGGGGGACUCACAUCUAGGAGAGAUCUGGGUUCAGAGUCCCCACAGUUCCAGUGGCUACUACACCAUCUACGGAGAGGAGAGCUUGCAGGCGGACCACUUCAACACGCGGCUGAGCUUCGGGGAGCCCCACACCCUGUGGGCCAGGACGGGAUACCUGGGCUUUGUCAAGAGGACAGAGCUACUGGGGUCCACCGGAGAUCGUCAUGACGCUCUGUUUGUGGUGGGCCAGCUGGAUGAGACGUUGGAGCUCAGGGGGCUUCGCUACCACCCCAUCGACAUCGAGACCUCUGUGUCCCGGGCACACCGCAGCAUCGCUGAGAGUGCUGUGUUCACGUGGACCAACCUCCUGGUGGUAGUGGCAGAGCUGGCCGGGUCGGAGCAGGAGGCCCUGGACUUGGUGCCUCUGGUGACCAACGUGGUUCUGGAGGAGCACCACCUGAUUGUGGGCGUGGUGGUCGUCGUUGACCCGGGGGUCAUCCCCAUCAACUCCCGGGGAGAGAAGCAGAGGAUGCACCUCCGGGACUCGUUCCUGGCCGACCAGCUGGACCCCAUCUACGUGGCCUAUAACAUGUGAGAUGUGAGGAGGGCCCAGGCCCCAUUCACACUGGAGUGGAGGCUGGCUAUGGGGGUCCACUGCGAUGSAAGCUGGCUAUGGGGGUCCACUGGGAUGGARGCUGGCUAUGGGGGUCCACUGSG